GCUGUCAGUGUGGCUCUCAUUUGCUUUUGCUGCCCACUGCUGCAACUUUGAUAUCACAACUUCAACAGUUUUCACGAGCCCCUCCAAUCCAUCAACCCAUUGUUAUCGCCACCACUGUUACUCAGCAAAUUCUUCUCUCUACCAUUCCCCACGCAGAUUCUCUCAAGAAUAGAACCGUUGCGUUGCCUGAGCAAUACGCCCCACCAACCCUGGAACAAACAGAAGAAAUAUGGAAAAACCCCACUCAGCCUAAGAUGGAAAUAGUUUCUCCCAGCACGGUUAUGAAAUAGCCUAACAUGGAAGGUGAUUCGGGGGAUGGUUGGUAUGCGUUCUCCAAUAUGCAGAAAUCCCCGACCGUGCAACUAGAUACCUUGUCAGAUAAGUUCGAGUUAUUGCUCUCAGCGUUGGAAACUUCUUUAUGUGGAUUGCAGAAUUCAACAGAGCAAAUUCGGAAAGAGCUAAUUAUGUGGUGGGAUUUUUUGUUUAAAACGAGAGCUUUACUUGAAGAUGCUAAGAAUCGAGUAGAACACGAUUUCUUGGUGAAGUUAUGGGUUACCGAUAUGGUGGAAGUGCUUAAUGAUAUGGAGGAUAUAUUAGAUGAGAUAAUGGAUGCCAGUUUAUCCGGGCUAACUGCAGAAGUCCAAUCCUGUGCGAACAAGACAUGGAAACUCAUCCUUUAUUUGUUUAACAAGGUUUCAAGAUUUAUCCAUGGCCGAAAUAAAGGGAUGACUUCCAAGCUGAAGGAUAUAGCUGCUAGAUUAAACAAUAUUCUUAUGAGAACAGAGCCGUUGGGCCUCCAAAACAGAUUGAGAACUGGAGAUGAGAUUGAGCAAAAGAAUCUUGAAAGGAAGCAAUUUGACAUGCUUAACGCUAUUUACAAAGGGAACCUUCGGAAAGUAAGAGGCUACUUUCAAAAUAAUCCUGAUGCAAUAUCUACAAAAUUUGAAAAUGGGGAAACUGCUCUUCACGUUGCAAUUACUGCUGGUCAGCUAAGGAUUGCGAAGGAAUUGAUCACUAGUACUCGUAUGGCAAACUCACACCACUUGAAGAUACAAGAUAAGAGUGGCUACACAGCCCUUUCCUUUGCUGCUCGUGGUGGAAUGAUGGAAAUUGCUAAAUGCUUGAUUGAAAAGAACAGGGACUUACUUACUAUCCCAGAUGCCAACAAAACGAUCCCAGUUCAAUUGGCUUGCAGAGCAGGCAUUGAGGACAUGACUCGCUACCUCUACUGUAAUACCCCGCUAGAAUUUCUAGAUGGAGGCUAUGGUUUCGACCUCCUUGAAGAGUGUAUAACUAAGAAAAUGUUUGAUAUUGCAAUCCAACUCCUCCGCCACUUUCCAAAGUUUGCAAUAUAUGGAUUCUUUAAGGAUGGUGGUGGUGCUUCCUUUCCGAUCGUUCAAACUCUUGCUCAAACACCACCCCCAUUCUUUAGAGGAAAUCAGCUAGCAUUAUGGAGACGAUGGGCGUAUAAUUCUAGGCCACUGGUUUCAAUUCUUCCUGAAUUCCUUGCGAAGCAAAUAUAUGAAUUAAAGUUGAUGGAUGAAAAUGCUCAUGCGGUUAUACAAUUUAUAUGUCGGCGAUUAUCAAGUUUGAAUGAGGAACAAUUUUUGCAAAGUGGAGCAGUAGAAGCAGCCUUUCAAGCUAUCAAGAAUGGCAUCCCUGAGAUUGUAAUUGAAAUUACAAAAGUUAAUACAAAUAUAUUAUGGAACUGUACUGAUAAUGAAGGAACGAACUUGUAUGAAUGUGCUAUAGCAAAUCGCCAAGAGGAAGUGGCACGAUUUCUUUAUGGAUUUAGUGCAGGAAUUGAUAAAAAUAAAGUUUUUACCACUGCUCGACAUGGAAACAAAUUAUUACAUUUAGCAGCGAAGUUAGCUCCUCGUUCUCACCUUAACUGCAUCUCCGGUGCAGCUUUGCAGUUCCAAAGUGAGCUGCGCUGGUUCAAGGCAGUGGAAGGCAUUGUUCCAGAGUUGUUAAAACAACAAGUAAAUGAUGAUUAUAAAACUCCUUCUGAAGUGUUUUCUAAGGAACACAAGCAGUUGCUAGAAGAAGCGGAAGAAUGGAUGAAGAAAACAGCAGAAUCUUCUACAGUCGUAGGUGCUCUAAUCAUUACAAUUAUGUUUGCUGUGGCUUUUACUGUUCCAGGUGGGAAUGAUCAAAAUACAGGCUUCCCAAUAUUUUUGAACAAAACAGCAGACUCUUCUACAGUAUCAUCUCCAACCGUGCCGUUUAUCGUAUUUGUAGCAUCAGAUGCAAUUUCUCUUUUUGCUGCAUCUAGUUCGGUGCUAAUGUUUUUGGGGAUUCUUACUUCACGUUAUGCUGAUAAAGAUUUCCUUAAAUCCUUACCCGUGAAGUUGAUUUUUGGCAUUUCUUUACUCUUCAUCUCUAUUGCAGCAAUGAUGGUAGCAUUUUGUGUUGCUCUUUUCAUUAUGCUACAAGGUCGAUUAUGGAUAAUCAUACCAGUAACUUUGUCUGCUAGUGCCCCAAUCAUUAUCUUUGGACUGUUGCAGAUUCCUUUUCUCCUUGAGCUUUAUAAUUCCACUUUUAGACGAGGCAUCUUUGAUGGAAACAGAACAACAGCUUAGGAAAAGGAAGAGAUGGUAUCACUCCAACAACAGUUCUGGCUCUCUAAACUUGAUCCCAAUCGAAAGAGGCUUUAGCUCCAAUAACUCAAAGAUAGAUGUUCUGUCAUUUUAAGUAUAGUAAUUAGACGAGUGUGCUCUAUAUGUAUUGUAACUGCAAGAAACAUUUGGUGGGUAUGUAUUCUUUGAAGAUUUCAUGUACUUUUUUAAGUGCCAAACUCUUUCAGCAAUCAAAGAUUUAUGUGAAU